CAUGUUUCUCGGUUAUCCCCCUUUGACGUCCUUUCCUAUACACGUGUUUUUUUUUGGAUUUUUACUGUCAAGACAAAAUGAAUUAUGGCCACUAACAAUAACAUUUGUGAUGUUUGUCGGCAGACAUCAACUGUAACACACUGGUGUUUGGAAUGUGAGGAAGCUUUAUGUAGCUAUUGUAUUGAGCAUCACAAGGAACGGAAACUAACCCGGAAACACAAACCAAUACCCAUUUCGAAAUAUGAGUCUCUGCCUUCCUUUAUAACCGACAUUCACCGAUCAUGUGUCGAUCAUAACGAGAUAUACCAAUUGUACUGCAGUAAACAUGACAAAACUUUGUGUUAUUUGUGUAUAAUUGACCAUGGGAAAUGUGGUGUCAUCCCACUCGAAGAUGUAAAUAAAAAUAAAAUUCAACAUUUAGAAUUACGUAUGGGAGACAUUCUAAAAAACAUUGAAACAAUCAAGAAUGAAAGAGAUUCCAAUAUGUCCACCAUCCAGAAAUAUAUAGCCGAAGUAAAAACUGUUAGAAAAGAAAUAAACAAACUUUUAGAUAAACUAGAAAAAGAUAUUAACGAAAAGAAAAAUGAAUGUCGAGAGAAAAUCAAGAAGAUUACAUCGAAACUGAAUAAAAGAGAAACGGAAACAGUAAAAUGUCGGACCAUUGUCGAUAAUAUAAAACAAAAUGCCACUGACUUGCAGACUUUUGAAAUAUUAAAAGAUAUUGAAGAAAUAAUAACAGAAAAAGAACAAUACCUCCAAACGGGAAUCGACAACGUUGAAGUAGUUGUAGAUACAGGACUGCUCAAUAUCAUGAAUAUUGUACAUGAUUUAAAGACAAUAGGGACGUUUGAUAUUAAGACACAUAAACGAUUUGUCUCACAAGAACCAAGCACUAUAACAAACAAGUUAUUCCUCAAGUGUAAGAAAAUUGACAAUAUUAAAUUAAGUCUGCGGAAGGAGAUCUCAAUAAGUCAAAGUAAUAUCACUUGUAUCAGAGGUUGUUGCAUAUCUCCUAAUGGUCAAUUUUUGUUCACAGAUCGCUUAAAGUGUUGUGUAUAUCAGCUUAAUGCGGUGUUUGUUUUGAGGAAUACUUGGUUAAUUGAGCCUUCUUUGGGAUACGGAAUAGUAUGUCUUGAUGCACAAACGGUGGUUAUUUCAUCCGGGAUUCAUUGUUUUAAACCUGGCCUUGCCGUUUUAAACCUUCAACUACAGAAAAAGAAAACUUUUAUAGAACUUCCAGGUCGUACUUACGGCGUUACAAAAGAUGGCCAAUCAUUAUUUACCUGUGUUCAAAAUCAGGGUAUUUAUGAAAUAAAUUUGACAGAUUUUAAAACUACAAGAAUAAUAAGGUGCGACAUUACAUCAUCUUCCCAUAUAGCUGUAUAUGCCGACAAAAUAUACUAUACUGACAAUAACGAAGAUUGUGUGAUUUGUUGUGAUCGUAAGGGAUUACACAUUUGGACCUUUAAAGAUGUGUCUGUUCUUCAGAACCCACGGGGUAUAGCAGUGGAUGACGGCAAUGUGUUUGUAGUUGGUGAAAUGACAAACAACGUUAUAGCCAUAUCAAGUGAUGGAAACAGUUACAGGGAACUUCUCACCAAACACGAAGGUCUCUCUUCUCCGUCUGCCAUUUUCGUUGAUAGAAAGAAGAAAAACAUUCUAGUUGCUAAUACUGGAACAAAAGCGUUUCUUUACAAUUUUUCAUUUCAGUGAUUUAAAUAAAUGUUAAAAGAA